AUGACCGACUACAACACAUUGAAGGUUCCAGAGCUCAAGAAGCUGCUUCAGGAAAAGUCGCUUCCCGUUGCUGGUAACAAAGCAGACUUGAUCGCUCGCCUGCUUGAGCACGACAAGGCCCAGGAGCCCGCCCAGCCCGCCGCCAAGUCCACUGCGGAUGACGAGAUCGACUGGGAUGACGAUGAUCCAGCUACUACGACGGCAACAACUGAGGCAGCCAAGCCUGCUGAACCUGCUGCGCCCGCACCGGCGCCAGCUGUAGAAGAGUCCAAGCCGGCCGCUACAGAUGCCCCCGCGGAUGCGCCAGCAGCAACCGAGGCCGAAACCACAACAGAUGCAGCAGCCACCACGGAGGAGCCCGCGGCACCCAAGCCCGAUUUCUCUGCCCACCUAGCCGCGUCGACUGCCGAUGAGGAGGCGCGCAAGCGGGCCGAGCGAGCCAAGCGCUUUGGAAUUGUCGUGGAGCAGAGUGAAGAGGACAAGAAGAAGGCUGAGCGCGCAUCACGGUUCGGCGGAGAAGCGGCCGGCGCCCCCAGUGUCGCCAACCUGGACUCGGCACUGCCCGAGCGCAGAGAGCGCAAGCGCGGCCGCGAAGGUGCUGGUGACCAGCAACGCGACGCCAAGAGACAGAGCACCGAUGGCAGACGUGGUGGCGGCCGCUUCAAGGGACGGGAUCGCCGUCGCCAGGGCGGAGGAGGAGCAGGUGGUGGUGGCAGAGGCGAGGGCAGGCAGCAAAACGGAGGAGGCUCAUCCAGGAACAUACUGAACGACCCUGCAGAAAAGGCAAAGGCGGAGGCUCGGGCAAAGAGAUUCGGCGCCUAA